GGGAGAGAGAGAGAGAGAGAGAGAGAGAGAGGGAGGAUGCUGCCAGCGGAAAAUGGCUGCUGCAACCUCAAGCCUAUCCUGAUACACCGAAACGACAUCAAGGUGGGGAGAGAGCGCCGGAGCAAGGGAGUGAGGAAGAGAGAGGAAGAUUAGGAAAAUGAGAGCAGAUAGAGGGAGAAUGUGAGCGAGUCUGUGAGUGUUUCAUGAAAGGAGGAUAAAAAGAGAGAGAGAGAGAGAGGAGAGGAGAGGAGACCCUGGGGUGGGCUGCUGCAAGCGGCGGGCAACACCGAGCCAUGGAGGGCGAGUAAGUCCUUACAUUUUCAUUUUUUAACAUUUAGACUCAGUCAGCUGCCAACACGGACAGAGAGAGAGAGAGAGAGAAACGCCACCGCCAUCAAUGUUCAACCAAUUUGGCUUCUUGCACAAUUAUACUCACAAUAGUCGGUGCUCCACAAUUUAGCAGAGCAGCCGAGAAUAAAAACACCAUUACGUAGUCUUGAAUCAACAGCAUACACCCCAUUUCCGAUUGAUCCUCUCCAAUAUGUGACAAAUGUUGAGACAUCUACGUGGAGACUUGUGCUUUUAGACGACUGGCACAUGAUCUAGUACCAACACGGAAUAUUAUAACAGGCCUAUAAUGAGGAAAAACAACAAGAGAAGCUGUGCAACAUCUCCGAACUGUAACUGCAAGAUUGGCGAUUGGUGAAAACGGUCACGAAAUCACUGAAAAUGUAAAAUGUAUGGGUGAAAAAAAGGCGAAAUAUGGCGAGUUUGGGGCCAGCAUCGCGUCAUUCAGACAUGGUUACAGUAAAACGAGGGAGGGAUGGAGGCGUUGUGAUUUUUAUCAACGUGUCUCGGGGUUUCAUUAUGAUUUUUUAAAGCCAAAUUUUAUGAAUGAAAUGUGAUUUUUUUUCUCUCUCUCCCUCAUCCUCACCCCUCCUCUCCUCCUCCUUCCCUUUUCUAAUCGGCCCCCUCCCCCCAUCUCUCGUUUCCUCUCCAUCAUCUCACCCACUCGUUCCUUUCCUUCCUUUUUUUUCCCUCUCACGCGAUUUGCUUUUUGUAUUUUAGUCGAAAUCUAAAGCCGACCGCACAGCGCGAUGUCAAUCCAGCCCUGAUGUGUCCCAUUCAUAAAAAUAUAACAUCAUAUCAGGGUGUGUUAAUGAGUGCGUGCAGCAGGGGCAGAAUAGAGGAAAGAAGCGUCUGGGAAGAUGAUUUCACAGAUUUAAAUCAUGUUUUACUUUGAUUUAAAAAAGAGACGCGUCUGUUGCGGAUGCGUUACGUGCACAUGUCGGGCUGCGUUGCUGAAUUAUUCAGCCGAUUGGCGAAGGGCAGAGCUUCUGUUUGCAAGAAUGCCGGGGCCUCUGAUGGCGAAUGGGUGCGUUCAUUGAUACAUCUAUCUGGGAAACACUCAUUCCUCCUCCUCCCUCCUCCUCCCAUUCGGCUCCUUUUCUUUCUUUCUUUCUUUCUUUCUUUCUUUCUAUCCGUUCGCCCCUCUGUUGUCUACCUUUAUUCUCGGCGCCCAUGACAGUCACACGUUGAACUCCACGGUUCCCAGAAUCUGUUUCAGUCCCAUCUAGCUCUCAAUCAUCUAUCUUUUUACUGUCAUGCUAAUUCCGAUCGCGUUUACCUCGGUCACGUGUGCGUGGAUUGGCGAAGAUGAUGAGCUGUCACCUUAAAACGCCGCAUCUCAUAAAGACCGUGUUGUGGAUUUCUCGUCUUCUUUGUGUGUUUUUCACGAUGCAGUAAAACUGUCACACAGCUGAAAUCAAUCCUUUAUACACACACACACAUAUAUAUAUAUAUAUAUAUGUUCAUCACUCUGCUGCAUUUGUGUGUGUUGUGGAAGUUGAGCUCGGCGUCACCUGAAUGACUGUGCGUAUCUGUGCGUAAUGUGCGCGUGUGUGUGUUGUGUGUGUCAGUGGUGGUUUAACCAGCCUUGGCCUCUGCUCACUCUCUUGGCUUCCCCUGACAGUGUGCGUGUUCGUGCAGUGGUGAUGACACGUGAUGACUCCAGUGGCGGUUGGGUGCCCCUCGGAGGUGGCGGCCUCAGUCAGGUGGUCAUAUGUAAGGGGCGGAGUCACGAAGGCAGGGGGCGGAGAGAAUACAUCAUUCGUGGAGAACGGCUGCGAGAUCGAGCAGUGAGUGUGUGCGUGUGUUAUGGCUGUCUUUGGUGCCACGUUGCUCCUCAACACCACCUAAAGACUGUAGAUUCAUGCUCUGUGAUUUCUGAAGGUGUGUGUUGUGAGCGGUGAUAUAACUCUGUCUGUGUUGCUGGGACUGCUGCUGUUUGUGUCCUCAGCCAGUGUUGGAGUGUGCGGUGCAAAGAGGGUUAGUGUACAACAAGGUGAACCCCAUCUUCCAUCACUGGAGGGUAGAAGAUCGAAAGUUUGGCCUUACGUUCCAGAGCCCUGCUGAUGCCAUCUCCUUUGAGAAAGGGCUGCAAGCUGUUAUAGACAAACUGGACAGAGGUAGAGACACACCGAGACACUAAUCAGAACAUUUGUGGUGUUUGAAUCUGGGGAAAGUCCUAACCUCCUAUUUUUUAAUUCUAUCAAGGCUCCGACUCGCCCUCAUCCUCCACUCCAGAAGAGGCCGACACCGAGGAUGAUGGGCAAGCAGUGAGUAUCUGAGCAGCUUAUUUAAAGGGAUAUUCCGGGGUGGAAUUCAUUUAGGGUCAAACACACCAUAACACCGAGUUAGACACCCCCUCGAGAGAUGAAUGUUGCCGACCGCUUGCUUCUCUAGUUACACCAACUUUAGUAACAACCACAGAUAGCAGAAAGAACAAUAAUCAAACCUCAACCAAAACGCCACUCUAUAGCCUCAAAUAAUGCUCAGAACAGCACCUAACUUCAUCAACAGGACAUAUAGGGUCACAGACAUAGUACUAGACACCAAACAUCUUUUUAACUUUGCCUAAUUCCAUAACACACAUCACUUGUUUGUACGGAGACCUCCGACCUGUCCAUCACCAAGUGCAGCGGAGUUUCGCAGCUCAAGGAAGAACAUUUAUGAUCAUUUCUUCAUGGAAAUACAUUUAGACCAAGACACUAAGGCAGAAGAACUACCGCGUCUGUAAAAUGAUGAAUAUGAUGAUUAUUACCUCAAGAAAAUGAUAAAGAAAUGAUCAUAAAUGUUCUUCCUUGAGCUGUGGCACCCCGCUGUAGUCCGUGAUGGACUGGCCUGAGGUCUUGCUAGAAAUAAGCGUCUGCUGGAAGAGAGUAGGUGAGUUGUGUUUAGUCUCUUUGUUAAAGAAAUGAGUCAAAGUUAAAAAGAUGUUUGGUGUCUAGUACUAUGUCUGUGACCCUAUAUGUCCUGUUGAUGAAGUUAGGUGCUGUUCUGAGCAUUAUUUGUGGCUAUAGAGUGGCGUUUUGGUUGAGCGCGUGUCUCUGUGUAUUGCUAUCGUGCGGUCGUUACUAAAGUUGGUAUAACUAGAGAAGCAAGCGGUCGACAACAUUCAUCUCUGGAGGGGGUGUCUAACUCGGUGUUACGGUGUGUUUGACCCUAAAUAAAUUUUAUGUCAGAAAAUCCCUUUACGAUAAAACAAAGGUGCAUGUGUGUAUUCAAAGUAAGGAUGAGCGGUCAGUGAAGAAACACAGAAAGGCUCAGUAGUUACCUUCGCCAUCCCAGGGCCACUCCCCUCCAAUCACAGCCUGUCGUUCAGCACUGCCUCAUUCAGCAGACCCAAGGUUCAAUCAUGUCAGCUCUCGUCCACCAAUCCUACCCCACAACAUCAUAGUGAGGUGUCUGCAGUCCGCUCUGCCGUCUGAGAGGAGAGAAAUGUCAGAGAGAAGACAGAGCCAAGAAUGCUGAAUACAGUUAUUGUCGUUUUUGACCUGUGUAAUGACAAGCAGCCUCUGCCAGUCCCAUACAGGAAGUGAGUCCUCAUCCAACAGUAGGAAGGAGAUGCUUCCCAAACCCAUCACCAUAGUGACGAGUGAAUCUUCAUCUACCUGCUUCGUACGACCAGAGGAGUUUAGUUUUGGAUCCAGCCAUGCUGUAACCACGCAGAAGCCUGCUCAGGUACCAUCGUCACCGGUACUUUACCUCACUACUCCAUGUAAACAUGUGGGUUUCAGGGUCUAGUUUAUUAGGGAUGGGAACUGAUAUGAUUUUAUCGAUAUCAUUGCCAUUAAAGAUUCUGCUUAUCAAUUCAAUUCUUGAAUGAUUCCCUUAUCAAUGCUGUUCUUUGAAUUUAAAAAAGUAGACUAAAGGUUUUCAAUGUUAACUCUGAUAACAGAAAAAGAUGUAUGCCACCUGCCAAACUAUCUGUACAACAUUUACUUGAUCUAUUAAGUCAAAUCAGGGUGACCAUACUCUGGAUCUCCAAAAAGAGGACACGGCUACACGGGGUGGAGUUGCACGCAAAGUUCUGAGGGUUUUUCUGGUCGGGUCGAGUGUUUUUUACACGCUUCUAACUCAGUUAGUCCACGCUACACAAACUCAAGACUUGUUGUCGUCUUUCUUGGUAAAAUGACGCCACGCUUUGGAUCGUUCCUGCCUACUUUUCGUACCAUCCGCCAUGUUUUUUUUCUCAAAGUCUCUGUUCUCCUUCGCGUAGACUGCCACUCACAAGACCGUUUUCCAAAGCACCCGGAAGAAAAGAAUCGUUAAGGGAAUCAUUAAAACGAUGACGAUGGAUUGGACCAUUUGGAACUGGUUCUUGAUUCCCAUCCCUUUAGUUCAUGUAAAUCUGGUCCACUGGGGGGUAAACUGGGUCACAUUUUCCUUUAGUUUCCCUUAGUUCACCUGUUUCAACCACAUAAUAUAUUAUUCUGACUCUACAUGUCACUCUGGAUUUUAUUUAACGUCUGUUUGAAAUUAAAGAUGUUUUUAAGAAGAAUUCGUAAACCUGCAGAUCUUGAAUCUUCGGUACACCGUGUUCCUGACUCCUUCAGUAAUCUUGUACCAUCUCCACAGAUCCACACCAGGCCGGGACAGCACCAGCUCUCACAAAUGACCGCCGUGUUGAACCCCCCGGCACCUCCGCCCCCGCCUCCCGCGCCGCCGACUCCCCCUGUGGGUCCCCCGGCCUCAUCCCCUCUGUCCCCCCUCUCACCCACCAUCUCUCUGCUGGAGGAAGGAGACCUGCGCAGCGUGGACCCUUGCAAAGAUCUGUGGGGUUCUCGAGGUUAUGAGGACUACAGGCGGGCGGGGUCUCCCAGAACUAUGGUUGGCGGGCUGACUGGGGGUGUGGUCGUGGGAGGUGGAGGUAGUCUUCAGGACAAAUCCGAGCUGUGUGUGGUUCGCUUCGAGAAGGACCUGGCAGGAGUCGGGACCACCGGCUGUGAAGUGACAGUCAACCUGGACAGUAAAGCUUCCCAGCGUCUCUCCUCAUCGUCGCCCACCUGUAUGUCCAUGCCCAACGCCGUGUCUGGUGUGUCCUCAGGGGCCGGCUCACCUCAGGAGACAGGCAAGGGCUCGCCCUCUCCUUGCUGCAUCCACACCUCACUGGCCACGCCGCGGUCGCGGACUCAUAAGAGAGGAGCGGGGGCCAGCAGCAGUUGCGACACGGGGGUGAUCUCCCCCGACGACGACAGCCCGUGUCCUCAGGCGUCAUCGUGCUCGUCUCGCUGUGUGUACUGCCGCUCUGUUUUCAGCACUUCGGAGAAUGGGCGGGGCCGCUGCAGGGACGCCCCGGACCCGGCCCUGCGAUGCCUGCGCCAAUGGACCUGUGUGUGGUGUGCAGAGAGUCUGCUCUACCACUGCAUGUCAGACUCUGAGGGGGAGUUCUGGGAGCCUUGCUCAUGUGAUGACUCGUUGGGGGGUCACCCGCACCCCCUUUGCUGUGCCCGCUGGUUGGCCCUCCUGGCUCUGUCACUCUUCGUGCCCUGCAUGUGCUGCUACCUACCUUUACGCGCCUGCCUGCGAUGUGGGGAAAGGUGCGGCUGCUGUGGGGGAAAGCACAAAGCGGUCCGAUGAGGCCAGGUUCAGGGGUGGGAAGGGAUUCCUGAACCAAAGAGGUUUGGGUGUUGUGAGGACAGAGCACCUGUAGGGGUGGGGAAGGCGGAGCUUGUGUGGACCUCGACCUCUGAUGUGGCCCUCCAAAGCCCCGCUGCAUUCUGCUCUUUCUCCUUCAAACCUGGGGCCUUCCUCGCUGAAGGUGCACUUGAUCUGACGAGGCUCUGCGGGAGUCAUCCGGGGCCUUCACAGCGGAUUUCCUGAUCUGGAGUUAAACAGUCCGAGACUUUGAUCACAGGAGGAGAGCGGCAAGGGCAAAGAUGAUGAUGUGUACACUGUUUCAACUGUCUGUUUGUUUUCUUUUCUAUAGAAAGAAAAACACAAAAACAGAAGAUGUUUAUAUAUAUGAUUGAUAUAAUUUUAAUUGGUAUAUUUUAUUAAAUGUAAAACAUAUUGACAGAAUCCCCCAACGGCACACACACACGAUCAUCACCUUCACAAACAUGAGAUCUUGGGGAAGUUCUUUGUUCCAUGUUGGCCUGUUUAUCCGUCAGAUGAGCAGAUGUCACCCUUUACCUCUGAUUUUACCUCAGACACGAUUCAGACCCUCGUUAAGACAAACUAAAAGGGGAGUUUUAGAGGGGUGGGGGCGUCUCAGAAAACUUUUGAGUAAAAAUGCUGAGAGACAAUUAUUUUGAGGGGAAGUUGCAAUGACAACCACAAAGACUUAAACGUCCUGAUGUGAUCCGUUCCGGUCCUUUUCGAAGCAAACGCAGGGUUAUUUCUGUUCUUUAGAGGAAAUCAAACUUUAAACACCUUCGUCAUCUUUCCAUGUAUUUUUAAGAUUCAUCAUCAAUCAUCCCGCCAUCGUACUUAUUCAAUCAGUCAAGGUGCUUAAAAAAACUGAGGCCUCAGAGUGAGUCUGUCCUACCUUAAUGUACAAAAACAACCGUACAGUCCCGACCCCAAAGAAACACAAAGCAGGACCCUGUGAACCCGUCUCUAGGCCUUCGAACGAGACGCCACCGAAACAGGAGGGAAGACCAAGUGCAAUGAACGACGUGUUGAGAAAGUAUUUUUGUACCAGUUUAGACAAAAGGAAAAUUUGGUGUUUUAAAUGUGUUAUUGUGUUUGAUAGUCAAAUGAAAACAGGGCCAUCGACUCGUCUUUGAGUCCAAAUGGGGGGUGACUUCUAAACGAGGACUCUUGAACUUGAAUCAGAGGUCGUGGUAGGUCUUAGUUUGGAUGCAGCAGCGGCGGCAGGUGUGUCUGCUGAAAGUUGCUUUAAGCACUGAGUCAAAUAAGCUGCUACUUUAAAUCUCCUCCUAAUCAUAUUCAAAUGUUCCUGCUGACGAUUUAAAAGGAGGACUGACAGAGUCCUGAAAGGUCCCGGUUCACCCAAAGGUGCUGAAAUCGCUCAAGUGUGCGAGGAAAUCCACCCCGAAAACCUCUCUGGUUAUAUUUCUGUUUACAUUCUGCUUAUUUGAGGUAAAUUUUUGAUUCCAAGGAAAUAACUGGCAGGAGGUAGAUUACACACUUAUUCCACUUUGAUUGUUUUAACAUGAACAUCAUUAUUUCUGCAGACAUCUCACGAAAACUAAGUCCAAGGGUCGUUGUUGGUGUCCUCACUUUGCAAGGUAGGAUUUCGAUCACGAUUGGCCCCUUUAUCGAUAUUUUCGACCUUAAAACUGAGGCUCUGAAACCCCCCUGAACUUUUGUUUACCUAAAUGAAGAUUCACGCUCACUCCUCGAGUUUCUCUGAGAUGCUGAGGGGUUUCCAAACAAAUGUAGAAAGCAGGGUAGAUGUUUAUCACACGGGUUAAACACGAGAAAUAAAAGACAACAACUCAAAGUCCUGAUGUUUUUAUCUUCACAGUGUUAGAGACGGCGUCCUGAAAUGAAACGGUUCUGCUACGAUCUCACGUCCCAAUCACCUGGUAGACCUUGAAAUCCGGCGAAACCUUUAGUGAGCUUCGUCGGAUUAUUUACAUGUUAGGUUUUGAGAGGAACUGUUGUCCAAAGUGACUUUAAACGAGUCGGGUUCAGAUCUGACUGCUCACACACUACGUGACCCUUGACCUGUCGGUUAUGGGAUGAUUGUCUUCAACUCACGGCUGGUAAAAAAAGAAAAAAAAAAGAGGGAACUCACUUUAGGCUGCUGUUCCCCGAGUCAGACACGCACACAGUCCCCACAAAUCUGCGAUGCGCACAUAGACCUGUGCACAGACACACACACACACACACGCGCGUUCACUCGAUGGUGCAGAUAUACCGAACAAGUAAAGCCAUUGCACACCGUUUGCUUCUUCUUCUGGUUGAGAAAUGUUGUUGGAGUCCAGUACUGACAGUCAUGCAGGCCCCAUUCUGACAUCUUAAUAAAUGUGCCUUUUGAGUUGAGUAAUCAAUAACUUAUGAUUAAUUUGAAGUAACUCUGUGUUAGGUACUCUUUUUCUUUUUUGGGUUUUUGAUUUUCUGCCAAUGUGCAUAUUUUCAAAUGUACGUAUUUAUUAGUUUCAAAGUAAUUCUUGAGAUAUUACCUGUUUAUUUAUUUAUUUAUUGAGAUAUUUAUUCUGAUUCUUUAUUUUUUUGGAGACAGGUUUUUAUCUUCCGUGCUGUCUUACUUCUGACUUUGUGCCAAUGUGCUGCUUUGAAGUGUUACAUAUCGUGGGUUUGUAUCAUUAUUAAACCCUCACUCUAUAUUUUACAGCAGAGUCUCUCUCAUAUAUGUGAACCAGACUGACUCACUCGGGUGGAGGAUUUCUACUACAUCUGCUCUGCUUUAAGGUGUUGUAGUCAGGAUCUGAGGAAGUUCCAGUUUUAAGGA